CCCAUAAGUUUCCAGAGAAACAAGAAGAGAUGAGUUCAGGAGCUCAGUUCUUCAUCAUCUGCUUCUUAGCUUCUGCCCUAUUAUGCUUUGCUCGCCCCAUACCUUCUGAAAAUGAAGAGUCAAUGCUGAACUUGGACUAUAGUCCUCCACACACUCACCCUCCUACUCCUCCACCGCCUACAAAUGAACAUGAAGAAUCAUUGUUGAAUGUGGAUUACACUCCUCCUCACACUCACCCUCCUACUCCUCCUCCUCCCACAAAGGAUGAAUCUACUUUGUUCUCUGGUGAAAAUGAAGAAUCAAUGUUGAAUGUAGAUUACACUCCUCCACACACUCGCCCUCCUACUCCUCCUCCUCCUUCAAAGCAUGAAUCUGUUUUGUCCCCUGGAGAAAAUGAAGAAUCAAUUUUGAAUGUGGAUUACACUCCUCCACGUACUCACCCACCUACUCCUCCUCCUUCAAAGCAUGAAUCUGUUUUGUCCCCUGGAGAAAAUGAAGAAUCAAUAUUGAAUGUUGAUUACACCCCUCCACACACUCACCCUCCUACACCCCCUCUGCCUACAAAGGAAAGUGAAGAGCCAUUGUUUAAUGUGGACUAUAGUCCUCCACAUACUCACCCUCCUACUCCUCCGCCCUCAAAGGAUGAAUCUGUUUUGUCCCCUGGUGAAAUUGAUGAGUCAAUUUUAAAUUUGGACUACACUCCUCCACGCACUCAUCCUCCUACUCCUCCUCCGCCUACAGAAGAAAGUGAUAAAGAUUCAUUGUUCAAUGUGGACUACAGUCCUCCUCACACUAGCCCUCCCAUUAAGCCUCCACCCGCCCUGUAUUGAAAAUGACGAGUCAAUGUUCAAUUUCUACUACAGAAGUCUUCACGUAGAGAAGAUCUGGUUUUUAGCCUGGACAACCUAAAAAUGUUAUUUAGUUUGUACGUCUGGCUAUAAGCCCAAUGCCAAUUGGCCGGCUAUGGAUGAAUAAUAUAAAAUAAAGUUUA